CCCAGUUGACGGGAGAUCUUGAUAAGUGAAGUGGUCUGUGACGUGAGCGGCGCUAAGAUUUGUGAUACCAGCUUUUAUAUAAACCUCAGAGCGAAGGGUACCAGUUGAUGAGACGGCAGACACCAUGAAGCUGAUACUAUUGAGUUUGGUGCUAGCAGUAUGCCAGGCCUCCACGGUCAGGCAGCAGAGGAAGUUCCCUGAUGACUUCCUGUUCGGUACCGCCACAGCCUCCUACCAGAUCGAGGGAGCCUGGAAUGAGGAUGGCAAGGGUGAGAACAUCUGGGACUACAUGACCCACAACAACCCCACCGUCAUCAAAGACGUGAGCAACGGUGACAUCGCUGCUGACUCCUACCACAACUACAAGCGCGAUGUGGAGAUCAUGAGGGAGCUCUCCCUCGACGCCUACCGCUUCUCUCUCUCCUGGUCCAGGAUCCUGCCCACCGGCAUGGCCAAUGAGGUCAACCCUGCGGGGAUCGAGUUCUACAACAACUACAUCAACGAAAUGCUCAAAUACAACAUAACUCCCAUGAUCACUUUGUACCAUUGGGAUCUUCCCCAAAAACUCCAAGAGUUGGGAGGGUUCGCUAACCCCUACAUUUCAGACUGGUUCGCAGAUUACGCUAGAGUGGUCUUCGAAAAUUUUGGAGACAGGGUCAAGCAUUUCAUCACCUUCAACGAACCUAGAGAAAUCUGCUUCGAAGGGUAUGGUACUACAACCAAAGCCCCCAUUCUAAACGCUACCGCUGUUGGUACUUACCUAUGUGCUAAACACUUGGUCAUAGCCCACGCUAAGGCCUACUAUGUAUACGACAAAGAGUUCAGAGCGUCGCAGGGUGGCCAGUGUGGUAUCACCAUCAGUGUCAACUGGUUUGGACCCCACACAGACUCUGCCGAGGAUCAAUUCGCCGCUGAGCUCAAAAGACAAGCAGAGUGGGGUCUAUACGCCGAGCCAAUCUUCUCAUCAGAAGGAGGCUUCCCCAAGGAACUGUCACAGAGAAUCUCCGAGAAGAGCGCACAACAAGGUUACGCUAAAUCACGUCUGCCAGAGUUCACUGCUGAAGAGAAGGCUUUAGUCCAAGGAUCGUCUGACUUCUUUGGUGUUAACCAUUACACUGGAUACCUGAUCUCAGCUACACAAGCCAAAGUACAGAACCCCGUGCCUUCCUUGCCUGAUGAUGUGGAUGCUGGCACCAUUGUGCCUGCUGAGUGGCCUAAGAGUGCAUCUGCUUGGUUGACGCUUUCCCCCAACAGCAUCCUCUACGCCCUUACCCACUUGAAGGAACGAUACAACAACCCGAUAUUCUACAUCACAGAAAACGGCUGGUCUACUCCUCCGGAAGCCGGUCUUAAUGAUGAUAUGAGGGGUACCUACUAUAGAACAGCCUUAGAAAGCGUGCUUGACACUUUGGACGCUGGAGUAAACUUGAAGGGGUAUAUGGCGUGGAGUUUGGUCGACAACUUCGAAUGGAUGGAGGGUUACACAGAGCGUUUCGGCCUGUACAGCGUUGAUUUCGAAGAUCCCGCCAGAACUCGCACCCCUAGAAAAUCUGCGUUCAUUUACAAACACAUCUUGAGCAACCGUUUCAUCGACCAUACUUACGAACCUGAAUCUAUGACCAUGACAAUCGAUGAGGGACAUUAAGUCUGAGGAAUGAUAUUUAUUAUUUAUUAAACGAAAAUAUUACGCCUGAUAAUUAA